CUACCAAGACCUGCCGCACCAUAUGAGGGACAUGGAGAUCAGAAAAUAUUAUGACCUUAAGCACAUUGGUGAUGAGGGUCACGAUCACCAACGUCAUGGAGGCCAUACUUGAGUCGGCCUUUCAGUUAAUUCUGCAGCUGUAUAUCGUUGGGACGCAUUACACUGAGCUGGACCAGGCUUAUGAUGUGACACUGGGCAGCAUCCUAUCUUUGUCACCACUGGGCCACAACACCCAGCUCUCAAAACAGGUGUUCUCUGUCCUCAUCUCCCUCGUGUCCCUCACCUGGUCCUUCACGUCCUACCACAGGUUCUCAAAACUCAGAGGGGUGACUAUUUUAGACACACUGCCCCUCCUGUUCACAAUAUUCUUCCAGGUGGUGUCCCGCGCCAUCGCCUGUACAGUGUUCACUCUGGCACACACGUGGAAGGUGUUUGUGGUGUUGGGUGUACACUUUGUGAUGGUGCUGGUAUUUAAACUCAAGCUGGAGGAGAGGUAGAAGGCCGGCCGUCAGAGAGCCUGCGCACCAAGACAGCUGGAUUGUGGGUGAGGACAGAGUAUCCGAAAGGGUGGAGGGGGGCUGGCCAGUGUGAUAGGGGGCCUCACACCCUCCACCCAUUACCUGGUGCAGGUGACUGCUUACAACUCUGCUAGGAGCUACUCCAGGGCUACUCUACCACCAUCCCCCUUCCUGGAGGCCCCUCCUCCCCUGGGUUAGUGAUGCCCGGGGUGGCCACGACUGAUGUGAGGGUCCUGCUCCCCAUGGUUGCCUCCUGCCUCGCCCUGCUGGCCGCUCUUGUCACUGUUUGUGUUUGCGUCAAGAAGAAGCCCCCAUGCCCCUCCAGCAGGUCUCCAGGGAUGGGAACAAAGUAGGUGUGCAGGAGAACAAGGAUAACCACAAACACAGGGAGCAGUUUUAUGCCACAGUGUACAAGAUGUCACCCCACUGCUGUUGACCGAAUCCCUGGUGAGUGGCAGGCAGGGUGGCAGAGUUAUGUGGGAUUUUAAAGGGUAACUAAACACCAGUGCAUCUUUACGUUCUUGUAUAAGUGCAUGGAGAGGAAAACAAAGUGUGCAGUGUAGGUUUAGCAAAAGUGACAGUCUCAGUUGUGUUUUUAAGGGAUAACCAAGCAGUGUCACAUCUUCAGGUCCUUCCUUCAGUGUUAGGGACAAGUUUGAUCCAUCAGGGAAGAGAUGGCAUGGCAUAUUUAUUUCAUUUUAUUUUUUGUCUGUAGAAUAAUUACACUAGGCUACGCAAUGACAGACAUGAUUCGUAGCGUUUGUAAAAGGCAGACGUGUGUUAUGGUGGCUGAAGAACCUGUGGGAAAAAAAUAACUGUUUCCAGGGAGGCAAAAAUACUGAAAAUGAACUAAAAAAUGUUGUUUAUAAGAUUUUAUGUGUUUUAUAAAUAUUUCCUGUGUGUGUGUGUGUGUGUGUGUGUGUGUGUGUGUGUGUGUGUGUGUGUGUGUGUGUGUGUGUUUGGGAAAGAGGUACACUGGAUAAAAUGGCAAUUCACUCCUUGAAAUAUUAUGUUACGUGUGACCCCAUUGAACUGCCUUAGCAUAAACAACCAUUUGACUUGUUUGCAAUGGUGAGAAAUAAGAUGCGAGAGAAACUUUCAGUCUUCUCAGCCUUCUGAUGACCCAUGGCUGGUGGAGGGUUGGUGAGGGGCACAAACACACGAGAAAAUCACUGCAGCGUAUCAGGGACCAGGCACAGACAUUAGAUAUUACAAGUGGUGUGGCAGACAGUGUUUAUGUCGUCAGCUGGCGGUGGAUGGGUGAGCAGCGGCCGGCCAGUUGGACUUAGUAUGCAGACAUCUACCCGUAUGCAACCUUCCAAAUGAACAACACACAACAUCAACAACAACCACAACAACAACAACCAUCACAGCAACAACCAGUCACAGCCACCACAACUGCCACCACCACCACCACCACCAACAGCAGCAACAACCACAGCCAAAACAGCAACAACAACAACAAAAAUUAGGCCAGACACAGUGACCUUGCUUACAACAACAACAACAACAACAACAACCCCACCACAACCCUUCCCACAGCCACUACCAGCCAUGUGCUUAUGAUCAUUAUUAUAGCAAAGUAUUAAUAUAACUUGCAAAUAUACAGAAAGAAAGAGAGAGAGAGAGAGAGAGAGAGAGAGAGAGAGAGAGAGAGAGAGAGAGAGAGAGAGAGAGAGAGUUGUGCUAAGAGAAUCAACAUUAAAGCAAAUAUUAGAGUACUAAAUGCUUAAACAUCAUCCCCCCCCUUCUCUCUCUCUCUCUCUCUGGUUUCACUUAUUUUAUUAUUUUUCAUGUUUUUUUUAUUUUUUUUUUUCUUUAAGUAUUUUUUUAGUUUUUUUUUACUUUUAAUUUUCGGUGAGGAUACAGUCUCUCUCUCUCUCUCUCUCUCUCUCUCUCUCUCUCUCUCUCUCUCUCUCUCUCUCUCUCUCUCUCUCUCUCUCUCUCUCUCUCUCUCAUGAUGUAUGACACGUUUCAUUAGCAGCACUUUCCCGUCACCAGUGAGCCUCUGUAAAUGUUUUCCUUUCUUUUCACCAGGAAGUAAGGAGUGCUCGUGACUGGCUAGUACAGCGUGCGUGUUGCCUCAAGUGUAGCAGCUGAGUGACAGAUGCCAGGGGCAAAGUAAAUAGGUUUAUAGAAAAGAAGGCAUAUAGAAAAAUAAGUAUAUAUAAAGGAAAAUUAAUAAAUAGGUAAAUGAAGAGAGAUGUGAGAAUUGUAGCUAGGGACAGCAGAUGAAGGCGGUAUAGUGACCUUGUGUAUGUGUGAAGGGCAAGUCAUUGCAUGUCCUGAACAAUGCCUAGCAAUAUUGCAAAUUAACUGAAUGAUUAAUUAUUCAUAAUUUCCCCAAAAUUGCUAGCAAGCAACAUUUAUUAGUUAUUAUGAAAAAUACCUAUUAUAUAAUAACUGUUGCGUGCAUUAAUAUCUAGAUACAAGCGUAUUUUUUAAAGUGGGAUAAGUUAGGCCUGUAAUAUCCACUUGAGCGCCGCGCCAGCACAGCGUUGUCUCUUGUCAGCCGC